GGCUAGAUAACCAAGUUUGUUUUAACGGGGAAUAAAACGUACCCAGCUAUAUUGACAAGGUGCUCACCCAAGCUAGCACUAUACCAGAACGAUAAUCAUGGAUCAUGGAUCUACACUAGAAUACACAAUUACAAGCCCAAAAGCAGAGCAGGAUUCAGAAAUGGAUUUCGGAGAGAACCCCGAGUCUGAGUCGGAACCAGACUACCUUCCCAGUCCCACUGCCCCAGAACCUGAGCCCAAUGUGACUGUGAAGGAAGAGGGGGAGGGAGAGAGCGACAUGGCUGACCCAGACCACCUCCCAGGUCUCACCGUGGCAGAAGGACCCAGAUUUAAUAUGAUUAUCAAAGAGGAGGAGGAGGAGGAGGAAGAUGAGGAAGAGGAAGAUGACAUGGUUUACCCAGGAGAGAGGAUAAAGUCGGACCCAGACUAUCUUCCAGAAGUGACCGUGGCAACGGGGCAACCACAACACCAGAAGAAGAAGAAGAAGGCCGCGAAGAAGCUUCAUCCAUGUCCUGACUGUGGGAAGACAUUUGACAGACCAUCACACCUAGAGAGACAUGAGAAUACCCACACCAGAAUCAAGAAGCUGGCCCCUGACUACACUUGUUCUUACUGUGGCAAGAUCUUCACUAAACCGUCAAAGCUGGCUCGGCACGAGCGAGGACACACUGGAGAGAAACCGUACUCUUGCUGCAAGUGCGGGAAAUGCUUCGCCGAGCCGGGGCACCGGAAGAGCCACGAGCUGACUCACAACGAAGAGAGGCCGUACACCUGCGCCGACUGCGGGAUAGGCUUCUUCAACCAGUCCAAGCUGCAACGGCACCAACGCACACACACAGGUGAGAAACCGUACUGCUGCACCGAAUGUGGGAAGACCUUUGCUCGGUCAGGAGGCCUAAAGACUCACUGGCUAAGCCACACGGGAGAAAGACCAUACCUCUGCUCUGACUGUGGGAAAAGCUUUUUAAGCUCGGGGGACCUGAAAGUCCACCAUUUGACCCAUACUGGCGAGAAACCGCACUGCUGCUCCGUGUGCGGGAAGGGUUUCGCGCAGAGGGGGAACAUGAGGGCUCACGAACGGUCUCACUCGGGGGAAAGGCCUUACAGCUGUGCCGACUGCGGGGCAAACUUCGCCCAUUCUAACUAUUUAAAGAUACACCAGCGCAUUCACACGGGAGAGAGACCCUUCCCUUGCCCCGUCUGCGGCAAGAGGUUUAUUCUAUCCGGGCACCUCGGAAGACACCAGAAAACACACGUACCGAAAAAGGACAAUUAGGAGAACACGCAUAUCAAACACACACGGGACACACUCAUGAGCUCACUGAAGUAUAGUUCAUUUGCAUAUAUUAUCAUGAACUACAAUGAAAGGGGUGAAGAACAAAAAUAAAAGACACAUGAUAAAAGUCCUGAGAGACGCGUAAGGGAUGCUCCCCGUGAAGCUCCGCCCUCCACCCUCCUCUAAGGGAUGCUCCCCGUGAAGCUCCGCCCUCCACCCUCCUCCUUCCAUCCUGUGUUGUGUCCCAAAUGACACCCUGUUCCCUGUAUGGUGCACUACCAGGGCCCAUGUGCCUCAGGUCAACAGUAGUGCACUAUACAGAGUAGAGGCCCGUUUUUACUGUUUUCAAUCUAGACAUUGUAUAGAAUUUAUUUGGCAGGUUGUUGUAUGUAAGCGGAUGUAAUAUGUUGUGUGUCUUUUUGUCCUGAACUUUUUUUUGGUGGUUUUAAUAAUGUAAGAGCUCUGGUUAACUGUAAACCACGGUUUCACGACACAGUGAAUACAGACCCCUUGACUUUUUCACAUUUAGUUACGUUACAGCCUUAUUCUAAAAUUGAUUAAAUUGU